AUGUUUCUUGUUCUUCCUUCUGUCCAACCCUCGCAAACCGUCUGACAAUUCUUUUUUCAUCUUCACAAUUAGUCGUGGAUUGGUAAAAGUUUGAUCAUUAAAUUCAACUUGAUCAUCGAUUAAAUUCAACUAUUGCCCAGAAGUGUUGUUUAUUACGGGUAACCGGGCACCAGCCGACAAACAAUAUGUCAUUCGGCAAACAACCACCACUUGCUCUAUUUUGCAACGGAUCAGUCAUCAUGCCCAGUCAGAGUAACUCCAUCAGCAUAUUUCGCCAUGAUUUCAAGAAAGGUAGCUGUGAUCGGUGCAGGUGCUGCUGGCCUGAUUGCAUCUCGAGAAUUGCGCAGAGAAGGACAUGAGGUGGUAGUCUUUGAACAGAGCGAUCGAGUCGGAGGAACAUGGGUGUACAAUCCAAACGUCGAUUCUGAUCCAUUAGGAUUGGACUCGUCUCGCACCAUCAUCUUCAAUAGUCUCUAUGAGUCUCUAAGAGUUAAUCUUCCUAGAGAAGUCAUGGGUUUUAGAGAUUACCCUUUUGUUGCUCAAGUCAACGAUGAUGGUAGAGACCCAAGAAGGUUUCCUCAUCACACUGAGGUCUUACAUUAUUUGGAAGACUUUGCAAAUCAUUUCGGACUCAUUGAGUUGAUUCGGUUUGAAACUGAGGUAAUAUAUGUUGGAUUAUUGGAGGAGGAAGAGGAAUUGAAGAAUAAAUGGGUAGUCAGGUAUAGGAAGAAAGGUGAGGUUGGUAGUUCAUCUGUUGCCCAUGAGGUGUUUGAUGCUGUGGUUGUGUGUUCUGGGCAUCAUACACAUCCAAACAUUGCAGAAAUACCGGGUAUUGAUGCAUGGCCAGGGAAGCAGCUUCACAGCCACAGUUAUCGUGUUCCUGAGCCCUUCAGUGGUCAAGUUGUGCUUUUAAUAGGGAAUAGAGCUAGUGCUGCAGACAUAUCUAAGAAGAUUUUUACAGUUGCAAAAGAAGUACACAUUGCAUCAAGAUCUACCAUGAAUGUAUCACCUACCAAAUGGUUUGGUAAUAAUAACAUGCGGCAUCAUCCGUUGGUUAAGUGUGCACAUGAAGAUGGAACUGUGGUAUUCCAAGAUAGAAGCUUGGUUCGUGUUGAUGUCAUUGUACAGUGCACAGGGUACAAAUACUGUUUUCCCUUUCUUGAGAUCAGUGAUAUUGUAACCGUGGAUGACAAUUGCGUUGGGCCAUUAUACCAGCAUAUAUUCCCACCUGUUUUGGCUCCAGGGCUUUCUUUUAUCGGGUUAACUUGGAUGGCUCCACCUUUUCCCACAUUUGAGCUACAAAGCAAGUGGGUGGCUGGUGUUUUAUCCGGACGGAUUUCACUCCCAUAUAAAGAUAAGAUGAUUAAGGAUGUUGAGGCCUUCUAUUUUCAACUCAAAGUAGCAGCUGUCCCUAAGCAUUACACUCAUUUCUUAGGGGAAAAGCAGUUUGACUACGCGGAUUGGCUUGCUGCUGAGAGUGGGUGUCAACCAUUGGAGGAGUGGAGAAAAGAGAUGGCUAAAGAACGUGACAGGAAUGCUACAGCACGACCUGAAAGUUAUCGUGAUGAAUGGGAAGAUGGAGAUUUGAUCGUGCAAGCUCAUGAAGAUUUUAGCCAGUAUUUACCAGCAGAGUUGUGUGGCAGGACAAGCAAACAUAGUUUUGAAUUGAUUUCGAUACAAAUGCCAACUUUAACCAAAGUCGGUAACAACACGGUUAUGAUAGCAGAUCCGAGGACAUUGCUGAUCAGAUGGUUUUUUGGAUUUCGACUAUUCCUACAGCUGGAUCUUUCCUUCUAACAGCCUGCACUAAACAGAAGUUACCAGCCCAUUCGCUCUGAGUAAUCUUGUCUUGUGGAAGAAUCAGCUGGGGACUGUAACACGUAAUGAAGUUUCUUCGUUAUUGUUGAAAAUUUUGGAUUGAAUACCUGAAUGAUGAAUCCAUGAUGGUCCAACCUAGAGCUGGCAAACGGGCGGGACGGGUCUGGCUUGUGAUCAACCCGCGGGUUACGGGUUAAUACCAGCCUGAGCUCGCGGGUUGAAAUUCUUCACGGGUGGUCAUUUA